AUGACCACGAUUCCCAGACGUGUGGGGCGAGGACGGAAAGCGGUCCGUACCUCGACCGCCCCGAUGCUCCUCAGUCCAUCGGAUCGACAAAAAUUUCUUUCUAACACACCAAGAGCAACAGAAGCUCAGCUGAGCCCGUAUGCCAGUGUGUAUCCAUCAAAACAAAACGCAUAUGAAUCCCUCCUGUACGGAACGGAUCAGAGUGUUUCCCUUUACGAAUUGAAUCACAGUCAGGCAGCUGGUUCCCAGUCCCCCAGUCAGUGCUGUCCAUCUCCACAACCAUGGGCCAGAACCGAGGUGCAAUCGAAAUACUCCCUACGACAACAGCUGAAAGAGGUGAUGGAAUCCCGCACUCCGGCCGAUUCCAGUAAACCCACGACACAACAUCAUCGUCGUGAAUUGACACGAUGUUGGAGUCGUGAACGUGUGAUUCGCAGUGAGGUGAUCUUGUCCAUUCGUCGACCGACCGGUCAAAGUUGUGACGAUUUACAGUCCGUCGGUCUCGUUCCACCGGGCACCACCCGGUCCGGAUCGAUGCAAUCCAUUAUGACCCGAUCAACCAGUGGUUUACCAUCUAGUUCUCACCUCAUUCCGACUGGUCAGGCAACUUCCUCACCUUGGGACGGAUCCAAUCAUAGUUUAUUUGGUGCAUCAACCUCACCUGUGUCCCCACUAUGUGCCGGAAGGACAAUAACUAUUCGAACUGUCAAACAUGGUGACGGAGAGACAAUUAUGGAUCAUUUGGAGAAAGAUAGUUUUGUGCCACAAGAAAAUCUGGAUACCAGAACAGCACUGGCGCCUCAACUCAGUCCCCGGUAA